GUGCACCUUUGAGGGCAUCGACCUUCUUCUCUAGGUCCAGGUACUCUUCUGGGAGUUCAGUCUAGCGUGUUAAAAGAGCGCAUAGUGAGAGACAGAGUGUGUACCUUGGGGACAUUGCUGACUUGCUCACUGACAAACUGCUGUGCGCGCUGUGCGAAUGGGGUGACUUUGGAUGAGAGUCCUAGAUGCGGUUAGUCUCUGCCAUCAGAUCCUCUCUCUGGGCCAUACCCUUGAGUGCAUCGAGAUUGAAGUUCAUGGCUGCUGCUUGUGUUGCUUCUGGUUGUAUCUGGUGAAGAAAGUCAAGAGCAGACUACAGCUACAGCUACUACUCUACUCUGCUACAGCUAGUACUGCUACUACUGCUACUACUUAGACUACUGCUACUACAGCUACUCUGCUACAGCUUCUACUUAGACUACAGCUACCACUGUGGAUGGACACGCACGAACAAGACCUCCUCAGACAGAUUGCGCAAGUAGCAGGCGCCAUCAACAGGCACAGCAGGAGCCAGGAGCAGCAGGCUUCCUCAUCCGCCGCAGUCUCCCCAACGCCUGCUUCCUCCUCUAGCAUCUCCUCUUCCUCACAACGAUUCAAUCAGCGCAGAAGUCGCCACAGUACAGCACCGAGGCCCGGCUCUCAUCACAAAACACUCGUCCUGCAUGGUCAUGGCGUACAAGGCAGCUACGUCUCUGCCCGUCAACGCAGUCGCAUCACCCUCACACAUGCACCAUGUUUCGCACAAGCAGCGCAACAAACAAUCGCAACGAGUAGAGAAGCAAGACGUAAGAAAUUACUCGAACGCUUACUCCUCCAAGAAGCGAAAGAAGCAGUACAGCUACGGAAAUUAGAACAAACAACCCUUGUACAUGAAGGCAUUACCUAUCGUCUUGGUAAGCGUGCCCAUCUAUUGAUUCGACAGACACCCAUGGACCAGGGCGGUCCGACACCCCUCGAAACCACCAUCAAUGGCGUCUUAUUCCUGAAAUCACCAAAGAGCAACAACCUCUUUCGCAAAACAACCGUCAAGCUGCAUGCACGGCGCAGAACGAACAACAAGACACUCACAAAACGAUGCACCCACUUCACACGACGUGGGUUUUGUUCACGAGUCGGUUGUCAAGGCCGUCAUACACCGGGUGAGGUGGCCGUUUGUCCAUUUUACCUACGAGGGACGUGUACAAAAGACGACUGUACGCAAUCGCAUUCGCCAAAUGCGCAUAAUACACCACAGUGUACACGUUUUGCUGCAGGCGGUUGUACAGUCGAAGCAUGUCGAUUUGUGCAUGAAGAAAUGCAGCAACAGCCUGAUGCAGCGGUGUGUAUGGGCUUCGACAAGCUUGGUUGGUGUGAUGCUGGCGUUGCGUGUCAUCAGCGUCAUGUCCUUCGCAAACAGACUCGCAAACAGAUCUCUGCACUGCAAGACACAGCAAGUGAUCAGGAGGAUGCAGAGAGUAGUGAGAGUGAGAGCGAUGUCUUGGAUGAGGAGGAUUUCGAUGAAGAUGCCUUCCAGCAAGACUUUGUUCACCUUUGAUCGAAAGACUUCUAGUACAAUCUCUGUGCUAUGUGCAUUGUGUCUACAGUACAAGAACGCAUCUACAAGAAACAAGCGCCCAGGACACCCGCUGCCAAAGCACCAGAAACAAGCACCCAGGUCGAUUUGGCACUACCAGCCAAUCCCGAUGCUGCAGAACGUGCAGAAGUCGCUGCACCCGUCACACCUGUACCGGAAGCUGUUCGUGUUCCAGCAAUGGCCGUUCCACUAGCUGUUCGGCUCGUUUGAGGUGCCACUGCUGAGCCGAUACGCGAUGCUGCUUGGGAUGUGGCACCUGCAAUGGCUGAGCCAAUACGCGAUGCAGCUCGUGGGGAGGCAGUGGCAGCAGCGAGGACACCACUGAGUUCAGAGCCACCGAGUCCGUUGAUCAAACUUCUGAAACUAUGACAAGGUUAGUCUUCUCUGUA